AGUGUGGUGUGUGUCGCGUUGUUGCUCCGGUGGAUUUUUUUGGUGCUUUCUUCCUGGCUGGGACGUACGCGUAGUUUUUCGUUUGGGUCUCUUGAGCCGACGCGGUGAUCGAGACAGGGGGCUCGUGGACGGGCCCAGCUGAAAAUCAGAGGAAAAAUGCAACCGAGGAUAUACUGGAUUCUGAUCGGGACGGCCGUCAUUCUCGCGGGAUGCAACGCCGCUACCGAGAAGGAUCAAAACGAGAAAGAGAGAACGGCGGCAGGGAGUUCGGCGUACAACACCUUUCCGGACGAUCUCUACCUAGACGACCAGGAACCUUUGGAGGGCUCUGGUCGAGGUGGCAGCGAAGGUCGCGACGAUCUUGAAGCAUCCGGCAGUGGCCUUGGCCCCGACGACGAGGACGGCGACGACGAUCACGAAUUUAACAACAACAACAGGAUAGAAUCGGUGCCGAACAGGCCGACAGAACCAGAAGCACCAUACUCGGUCGACGAACCGGUUGUGAAGACCAAGGAAGAGACGAUCGUCAAGCCUGUAAACCGACCCGACAACGAGGUCGAUGUAAUCGAGCCCUCAGGUGUCGAGGACGACCACUCGGACAACACAGACGUCUACAUGAAUCCGAAACACGAGGACCGCGCCAGCUCCUUCUUUGCUCAGCCAGGUGUGCUGGCAGCGGUGAUCGGUGGCGCAGUAGUAGGUCUGCUAUGCGCGAUCCUGGUGGUGAUGUUCAUCGUGUACAGGAUGCGCAAGAAGGACGAGGGCUCGUACGCCCUCGACGAGCCGAGAAGAUCGCCGGCGGCGCAGGCGUUCCCUAAACCGGGCGCGCCCCAUCACAAUCGAGAGUUCUACGCUUGAGGCGGCGAAGCCUGAACCUGGCUUUGACACCGCCGAGUUUUGCCCCACGACACACCACGAGCCGAGAAAGACGAUGUCCUUCGACCGAAUUGAUCGCCGCCGACCACGCAACAGCCACAACCGCCGCGCGAAAAAUCAUCUUGUCAGUUACACCGAGGGGGGUUUCACGGGUAUUACUCCCACAACAAGAUACCAUUGGGGAAGUUUGUCCGAAACACCCCUGGUUCUAUCUCUGGUCCUUCGAUCGGGGCAUAAUGUAAUCUCGAUUCCAUCGACCAUUCUUUCACAACCCCGUCAGGACAAUUCUUUAACACCCCCUCUGCACUCAUAGAAGCUUUUCCAAAACGUGUUCAUCGGUAUAGUAGAUCACUCUCUGGGGUGUUUAAAGCAGCUCUUCGCUUUGUAAACGCCUUCGAUUUCCUAUACUGACAGGAUUUUUAGGUGGAACGUUCGAUCCACCCCCGAGAGUGUUAUUAACUUCACCCCAAAUGGGACCUUGCUUUCACACGGAUCCAUUUGUCGACGUGGUCGCGUGCACGGUGCGCGCUGAUCGAAGGUCAACGUGGCGAGACUCUUACCCCAAUCCAUCCCUAUCCUCGUCGGCAAGGUCGCGGCGAUUACAGAUGCAUUUACAAGCGUAUUACAGACCGCGUAUACGUAUUUAGGCGUACGUAUAGGCGUAACCCUGUACAGGACUG